GCCAGCCAGUCUGAAUGGCGGUUGUAACAGGCUCGCAGGGCAGAGCGAAAGGAGCGCAGCCCGACCUUAUAUCGCUGUGAAAAACAUAGCUAUAUCAAAUGAAACGGACGACAACAGUUACGCCCAUGUAAAAUGGAGGAUAGCUUUGAUUGCGACUGCGGUGAGCUUGAGCCACCCGAUUGUUGAGGGGGGAGACUACUCUGUAAAGAUUAAAAGGCAAGACACCAUUUUGGAUCAGCGGUGGUUUCAACAGGAAGAAGAAGAUUUGAGGAAAAUAAAAAUAAAAGAUUUUACAAUUGUAGUGCUUUUUGGCACAAUUAGAAUCAAUGCAGCUACACAGGAUGGGUCUAUCACUGAAUGUAUCUGCACUGUGAGGAUGCGACGAGAUGCUGUUGUAGUUUUUGAAUUGGCCUCUGAGUUCAUUCCAUUACUGCUGGCUGUCAAACACUAAACUUCUAAAAACGGUUUAAUAACCGGAGAAGCUAUAAGAAAAAAAACGAUUUGAAAAAGGAAUUCAAAUUAGGGGGAAAAACUGGCUCCAUUUGUCAGACAAACAUGACUUUCUACUCUGGUUGUGAGUCAGAGAGCGGUGUGGUUCUGUGAGGGUUAGACGGGGGGAAACAGUAGUCUUCUGUGUAAGGGUUAUAUCACCCACAUUCACAUUUUCACAAUAUAACACACCAGUUAAGAAAUCUAUAGAUUAUUAUCAGUCAGUUCAUCCAUUUUGUAUUGAACAAUCCCAAAGUCAAUAGAAACUUAGUCAAAAGUCCACACCAAAUCCAAAAUGGCGGAGAAGUUUGAGUCUCUGAUGAACAUCCAUGGGUUUGACCUGGGCCCACGCUUACAUGGACCUGAAGCCUCUGGGCUACGGAGGAACGGCCUGGUGUUCUCGGCCGUCGACACGGACUGCGACAAACGUGUGGCGGUGAAGAAGAUCAUCCUGACGGACCCUCAGAGCGUCAAACACGCCCUGAGGGAGAUCAAGAUCAUCAGGAGGCUGGACCACGACAACACCGUCAAGGUGUUUGAGACGCUAGGGCCCAGCGGUCGCCACCUAACAGAGGACAUAGUCUCUCUGACAGAGGUGAACUCUGUGUAUAUCGUCCAGGAGUACAUGGAGACAGACCUGUGUCAGCUCCUGGAGAGGGGUCUUCUCUCUGAGGACCACGCCAGGCUCUUCCUGUACCAGCUGCUGAGAGGCCUCAAGUACAUCCACUCUGCCAACGUACUGCACCGAGACCUGAAGCCUGCCAACCUGUUCGUCAACACAGAGGACCUGGUGCUGAAGAUAGGGGACUUUGGACUGGCCCGGAUCAUGGACCCUCACUACUCACACAAGGGUCAUCUUUCUGAGGGCUUGGUGACUAAAUGGUACCGGUCUCCUCGCCUGCUGCUCUCUCCUAACAACUACACCAAGGCCAUCGACAUGUGGGCCGCCGGAUGCAUCUUCGCUGAGAUGCUCACCGGGAAAACACUCUUCGCAGGAGCCCACGAGCUUGAGCAGAUGCAGCUGAUCCUGGAGUCCAUCCCUGUGCUGAGAGAAGAGGACAGACAGGAGUUACACAGUGUUAUCCCCGUCUUCAUACACAGUGACAUGUCCCAGCCACACAACCCGCUGGACAAGCUACUGCCUGACGUCAGCCCACAGGCCCUGGACUUCCUGCAAAAGAUCCUGACCUUUAACCCCAUGGACCGUCUGACAGCAGAAGAGGCCCUAGCCCACCCCUACAUGUCCGACUACUCCUUCCCCCUGGACGAACCCAUCUCCCUGCACCCCUUCCACAUAGAGGACGAGGUGGAUGAUAUCUUACUGAUGGACCAGGGCCACAGCCAUACCUGGGACAGGUACCGUGACAGCCAGCUUUCAGAAGGGGACUGGCACCUCCACACCCACAGCACUCUGGACACUGACGAGGUGCAGGUGGACCCUCGGGCUCUGUCUGACCAAACUGAUGAGGAGGAGGUCCAGGUGGACCCUCGUAAGUAUGCAGACGGAGACAGGGAGUUCCUGGACGAUCCAUCCUACGGCUACUCCUCCCUCUUCACUCCCGAUCGCUCGUGGCCCGACCCCGAUGACGAACACCUCGACCUUCACCACGAGAACAAGUACUGUGACCUGGAGUGUUCCCACACCUGCAACUACAAGGCUGUGUCUCCGUCCUACCUGGACAACCUGAUCUGGAGGGACAGCGAGGUCAACCACUACUACGAGCCCAAGCUCAUCAUAGACCUGUCCAACUGGAAGGAGCAACAGAGUAAAGAGAAACAGGCUGCAGGCAGAGACAAGGAGCACAAAGCCCAGAAGAGCAAGUGUGAGAAGAACGGCCUGGUGAAGGCUCAGAUGUUUCUACAGGUAGAGAAGAGCCAGGGCCCGGUGGAGAAGGACUCCCAGCAGGAGAAGAACCAGACCCAGGCUACUCAACAGAACCAAGGCUUUGACUUUGACUCCUUCAUCGCCGGCACCAUCAAACUGAGCCUGCAAACCGAGCCCAGCGAGGUGGGACUCCUGAGCGAGGUGGGACUCCUGAGCGAGGUUGGAGUGAGCCUCCUGAGCGAGGUGGGCCUCCUGAACGAGCUCAACUCGUCUGUGUCCCAGCUGGAGGCUCCGCGGUCAGGCUCCAUGUCCAAAUCCAUCAGCCAGGAGAAGGAGGAGAAGUGUCUGGUGAACUUUGCUCAGGUCAGCAGCACCGUGGGGACCACUGGGUCUGGGGGCGCGUCCCGCUCACCCCUGGGAGAGCUUCGGAGGUGGGGGAGAGGGUGGAGGAGGUGAGAGGUGGGGGUCUGAUGGACGAGGCGGGGCGCUGGGAUGUUGGGAAAGAGGAGCAGCACCAGAAGGACAGCUCCUACACCAGCUACCUGGA